AUGAGAUCGCUGGAAGAGACUCAGUCGAGAUGGCAGAUCACCCAUGAUAUCAUCAGCUCGAGCCUCCAGGACUUGCGUCUUGCUGUAAAGUGCAAUGGCCUCUCAAGUCCUUGUUUAUCUGGCUGCCGGUCGGUGUGCUGGAAGGCGUUUUUGUUGUCCUCUGUAGAUUCUGCAAAAAGCUGGGAGCAAGCACUGGAACAAGGCAGGAAAGACUAUCAAAAACAUAGAGAAUACUUUCUCAGGUACAUUCAACAUCCUGAAGCUCUUGCCGAGCUCGCAGUAGAUCCUUUGACAGACGAUCCUGAGUCUCCGUGGAAUGCGGUGCGCCAGGAUGAGAUUGUACGGUCAGAGAUACAGCAAGACGUGCAGCGACUCCCCGACGAGGCCAAUUACCAUGAACAGCGUGUCCAGGGCAUGAUUUUAGAUGUUCUCUUCGUUUACUGUAAGAUCAACCCUGAUAGAGGUGGGUACCGCCAAGGCAUGCAUGAGCUUCUGGCCCCCCUGGUGUACGUAUUGGAGCAGGAUUCAGUCGACAGCGGCUCGCUCGGAGAUGCAUCAGGACUGGACCAGACUAUGCUGGGUGUUUUAGACGCAAGCUUGGUCGAACAUGAUGCAUUCAUAUUGUUCUCGCGGCUCAUGGAACCUGCGCAAUCGUUUUACCAAGUCUCGGGCGCCACCGCGCCGUCACAGCUCGGGACCCCGACAGGCAUCUCGCAAGAGCAGCGAUCUGCCAUUGUCGACAGAAGCAAGUACAUUCACGAAUACUGUCUGCAGAAAGUCGACCCAGAACUUGCCACGCAUCUGUCCAAUAUCGAGAUUUUACCGCAAAUCUUCCUAAUUCGAUGGAUCCGGCUGUUGUUCAGCCGUGAGUUUCCCUUGAAUCAACUUCUUGUGCUCUGGGACACAAUAUUUGCAGUCGAUCCCUCGCUCAAGUUGAUUGACCUGGUGUGCGUUUCCAUGCUGGUCCGCGUUCGCUGGCAGUUGCUUGAGGCGGACUAUUCUGUUUGUUUGCAACUCCUUCUGAAGUAUCCAGCACCGGAGCAACCUCAUGGCCCCCAUACGUUCAUUGAAGAUGCAGUGUACCUUCGUGACCACCUAGAUCAGGCGGGGGGUUCGAGCCUCAUCUUGAAAUACAGCGGCAAGAUGCCAGAAGUUCCGAAUAAUACGAAGCCAGGCCCUGCUAAAGGCAUCGGUCACGAGAGCAAGCCGUCUAGACCAGGAGGGAUUGGCGCAAGAUUGGCGUUGGCAUCUCCACCCAGGAUCGUUCAGCAACAGGCCGGCAUGGAGAACUUUCUUCAUGGUGCAGCCAAAGGUGCCAUUAGUGUUUUGGAGAGGAGCGAGAAGCUUGGAAUCAAUCAAGCCGUUCGGGAUGCCGUGGGGGAAAUCAGGCGCAAUGUCCAAAGCUUUAACGAGGCUCGACAGGCGCAGCGAUUCACCAGAAUCAUCAUGCCCAAUGACGAGGAAGCAUCCAAGUCUGUGAUUGCCAUGGAACAGCGUAACAAGCAGCUGGCAAGCCUGUUGAACGACACCGUCAGUAACCUCAAGGCUGUGAUGAUGUCCAACCUGGACGACAAGGCUAAAAGCCUGGAACUCAUCGAGAUGGCAGCCGCCAAGAUACAAUUUGUACAAACUCAUUUGGAGGGUUCUACGAUGGGCGUUCCUGCCUCUUCGUCACAGGAAACCUCGGCCACUCUCCCAUCGCCCGAGAGCAUGACAAAGGCCGCAAAGAAUGCGGCCGACGGAAAAGGCUUGGUGUCUACGGACAUGGCUGCCAACAAAAAACCCUCUACCAGUACCCAACCAGAAGGAGCUCCUGCAGAUAUUGCGAAAGCCUCAGCUAAAGACGACAAAGUGGCUGGAUCAUCAAGAGACGUGGCCAAAGCUAUUGAUACAGGCCGAGGAGCCGAGCAAGCCGAUCAGCCAGGCGCAAAGACGGAAAUUCAAGCAUAUCCCCCACGAGGACUGGAUGACCCCAAAGAAGGAGACUCGGCCCAAAAGCGGCCAGUUCCUGUUCCGACGCGGUCUACACUGGCCCAAUCGUCCUUUUCCUGGAUGCUGGAGCCGGACGAGUCGACAAGCUCUCGAGCAUCCUCCGGACCCGGAGCAAAAUCGCCCCCUACGCAACACAAGAAGCGGUCAUCGAACAACAUGAGCCGCCAACGGAACGCGUUUCUGUUUGGAGAAGAAACCGCGGCCGAGGAGGGGAGCGCGACUUUGAAGUCUGAUGAUAUUUUCGGCAUGGAACCCAUCUCGAAGCCUAAAGUGACGCUGCAAAAGGCGGUGUUUGAUGAUAAGUGA